AAAAAUGCUCGAACAUUUUACCUCACCUAAUAUUUCUUUUGCAAUUUUCUGUUCAUUACAUUUCGCGUUUGUUUGUUUACUUUUCUUGACGCAAGUUUAUUUAGAGGUGACUAAAACAAAACAAUAAAAUUUGUUCAAAGAGAUUUUAUGCCAACCGAAUUAAAGUUAACGAAAUGCAUGGUCUACUUGGCAUCGGCGAAAUAUUUGAUUCAUUCGACAAUAUUUACUUGUUGAGCACUGCCACCAUGCUGGCUGCCGUGGUUUUGGCGUUCUACUUUUCCAAUUUGGUGAAGGACAUUGGGAUGCCUAGCGUUCCAGAGGAGCGGGAAAUUGAGGAACAUCGUGGCAUAAAUGGAGUGGAGCAUAUCAUGGGCAGUGGUAAGAACUUUGGCGAACAACAGUUGGAGGGGCCGUAUGAUUCCAGUGACGAUGAAGAUUUCGACACAGACAACCCUUUAGGCGAUGGCUUGGUGGGCAAAAUUAAAUCGGCGCGUCUAAAAGAGUUGGAAGCGCAAUUGACGCACGACCAACUGGAGGAAGAGCGCAGAAUCGAACGUGAACAACUUGCGGCAAUUUUCGAACUGUUAAAAAAACAGGAGGCAGAAUUAAAUAUGAAAGAAAUAGACGAGCGAGAACUAGUUGCCCAAUUGAAUUUGUAUCGCUGAAGGGACGCUGUUGUUGUUGUAGCAUCAUAAACAUUCCCCAUAUUUACAUACCGGCAAUGCUGCUGGAGUGACAGUCCUUGGCCGGAUAUAAAUCCGGGUCGUUUCGGUAACGUAGAACCGACUGUCGUGGAAACGGGGAAGGGACGCUAGUCUUUGAUGCCUGCAUAGAACUCUGCGCUGAAUCGAAUUUGCAGCAAUAAGUAUUUUUAAGCACAAUGUGUAUCUAGUCUUUAAUGUUCUGUAUAUAAGUAGAGUGUAUGUUACUUUGUGUUUAGAUUUAGAAAUGUUGAUGUGUUAAUAAAAUAAGACAACCUUAUUUAUGAUUUCAA